UCAAAAAGUAAAACACCUCGAAGAAGUCAUAUAAGGUUAUAAAUAAGCCAAAGAUAUUUUUUCUCCACCGCUUUUACAAACCCCCUUCUUCUCCAUAUCUGAAAAGUGGCUUAAACCCUAGCCGCUCUCCUUAAACCCUGAAAUCUUUCUCUCUCUCAGAUUUGUGAAUUUGCCUGCACAAAUGGCUUUCUGCAACAAACUCGGUGGUCUGUUGAGGCAGAGCAUUUCCACAGGAAAUGCAGUAAGUGCAAAUUCACCAACUCCAGCAAUGCUUAAUGCCAUCCGGUGCAUGUCGUCAAGGCUUUUUGUUGGCGGUCUUUCAUGGGGAACAGAUGAUCAGUCACUGAAAGAGGCCUUUACUAGCUUUGGUGAUGUUGUUGAUGCAAAGGUAAUCAUUGACAGAGAUUCUGGCAGAUCAAGGGGAUUUGGAUUUGUGAACUUCUCAGAUGAAGAAUGUGCAAAAGAGGCUAUGAACGCAAUGGACGGUCAGCAACUCCAUGGAAGGAAUAUUCGUGUUAAUAUGGCCCAAGAGCGGGCUCCUCGAAGUGGUGGUUUUGGUGGUGGCAGUGGCGGAUACGGUGGUGGCUAUGGUGGUCAAGCUAGAGACAAUGAUGGAUUCUAAGUCACUUUUAUCAUUUUACUUUAAGCUGUCAAUGUGUGCAUGACAAUAUUUGUCUAAGUAGAGAGAACCUGGUGUGAUGAUAGCUUUGUUGAAUUUAUCUUUUUAAACAUCCUUUUUUGCAAGGUUUUUAGUACCAAUAAUUUUUCCCCAUUUUAUCACAAAGGCAUCUGUGUCCUAGUUGCUGUUUUAUUGUAAGCAUAUUCAAAUUCAACCA